CUUUCACAACUGACCUCGCAUUGCGGAGCAGAGAGGGGGAGGGGACGGACACUUGGGGUGCGAAUUGAAUCCCCCCGACAUGGCCGGAUCCCCCCAGGCCCGUCACGCUGUGAGCCUCACGUGGCAGCACCUCCUGCUGGCCCUGCUGGAAGCUUUGUAUUACAGCCAUGCCUCUGGCUCUUGGAGAUCCUCACUCCCUGGGACCAUCCGGGCUCUGAAGGGUUCCUGUGUGGUCAUCCCCUGCUCGUUCACCUACCCCGGCUCCCGUGAGUCCCUGGGCGGUCCAUUCAGCGUGGUCUGGUACCAGUACCGGAGCCGGGGCUACCCCGAGAUCUAUAACAGCCAGGAUACGGCCAGCGUGCUGGCCGAGUACCAGGCCCGGACUCAGCUGCUGGGGGAUCCGGAGAUGGGGAACUGCACCCUGAGCAUAAGCCCCGUGCAGAGUGAGGACGCUAUGAGCUACUACGUCUGGAUCAACCCCGACUCCGUCAGGCAUCGCUUCUACGACGUCACAGUCCGGGUGGAGGUGGCAGACACUCCAGACCCGCUGAUGCUGAGCGACCCCGGGGUGCUGAUCGAGGGCGACCAAGCCACCAUCACCUGCUCUGUCCGCCACACCUGCCCCUCGGCCCCUCCCAGCCUGGGCUGGAGCCCCGGCGGGGGCAAAGCCACGACCAGGCACGAGCGGCUGGCGGGGGGCGGCUGGCGGGCGGAGUCGGAGCUGAGCUACACCCCCUUGUACAAGGACCACGGGCGGCUCCUGCAGUGCACGGCCACCUUCCCCAACCAGCAGCAGGCCCGCAACGGGCUGUACCUGCAGGUCAAGUAUCGCCCGCGGGGCGCGGCCGUGGCUGUGGUGGGGCCGGCCCGGCUGAAGGAAGGCGACAGCGUCACCCUGCGAUGCACCAGCCAGAGCCACCCUCCGGCCACCGAGUACCGCUGGUUCCAGGGGCCGCGCCGGGCCCUGCUGCCCGGGCUGGGCCGGGGCCCCGAGGUGACGGUGCCGGCCGUGGGGCGCCACUCGGGGCCCUACCGCUGCGCCGCCGAGAACGAGAUCGGCCUGGGGGAGGACUCGCCCGCCGCGCACCUCGACGUGGAGUGUGAGGGGGGGGCGCUGGCCCCGAUCCGGCCCCUGGGCGGGGCACUGGCUGGCUCAGGGGCGGCCGGGGGAUCUGGGCUGGGUGCCCCACACGUCCUGUGUCCCGUUGCAGACCCGCCGGAGCUGCUGCCGUGGGGGAACUGCACGGUGCGGGGCCGCGGGCCCGGGGGGGCGGCCACGUGUCACUGCGCGGCCGAGGGGAACCCCCCGCCCCGCCUCGAGUGGCGCCUGCCCAACCGCACCCUCCCCGGGGACUUCGAGGGCCCAGAGCUGCAGGCGACUUCGUGGGCGCGGGGCCCCCUCAUGAGCGGGGAGCUGCGGGGCCCGGCCGGGGCCCUGGCCAACGUGUCCUGCGCUGCCAAAAACGCCCAUGGGCAGAGCCAGGCCGCGCUGCCCGUUGUGCCCGCAGAUGACUUUGGCCCCGAUAAGGAGGUGACGGGGCACACAGGGUCGUGUCGCACGUCUCCUCCAUAUUGGUGCACGUCACAACAUUCACUCUGCACGCGGGUGGGGAAAACGAGAGGGAACCUUGUUAUUGCCAACCGUCCCGCUUUGGCCGGGCGUCUCCCGGAAUCGGGCUCCAUCUCCCGGAGGCUGCUGCAGCCAAACCGGGAGAGUUUAGGCACUAAAAGUCCGGCGGUGCAGCAGGGCUAA